AUGGCCCUGCUGCUGGAGGACACGCUGCAUUGCCCGAGCUCUCAUCACGCCCUCACGAUGGUCCUGGCGUGGGCGAGUGAAGAAGACGGCGGCUCCGUGCGGGACGAGGCUGGUGGAAAGGUGCCCGGUGACCUGAGUUCCCAGCCCCUCCUGGGCCACCUGAGUCACCUGGGCUGUGAUUUCUUGCCGGGGAUAGCGUGUGGCAGCGUGGCCACGUGGGGCCGCUGCCAGUCCUCGUGGGUUAAUGAUGCCUGUGGGCGCCUGGCCCUGGGCCCAACGCUCCCCAGCGAGGCUUGGGGAGGACAGCGCUUGGGCUGGAGUUGGGUGGAGGACCCUCAGCUCCUUGGAAGAGGCUCCGUCUCUGCUCUCUUAAUCCCUGGAGACGCCGAAAACAACCGGCCCGUGUGGAGAGGGCCUCCUGGGCUGCCUCCCACCUUGGAGCAGCUGCAUUCCUGA